CUAUAUCUAUCACUUUUAUUAUACAAAUUGAAGAUGUCUGCAAGAAUGGGUGCAUGUAAGGCACCUAUUUGUCAUCUGCAACGCCCUUCCUCUCCAUCUACACCAAACCCAAGAAACUCAAACAGCACCAGGCGAUUUUUCCUCUUCUCUCUUCCUCUGUGUGCUACUUGUGCUACUACUACUACUACACUUGUUCUUACUCAAAGUUCCCCAACUGUUAAAGUUGAACCCUUUUUAGCACUAGCAGAGAGCUAUGACCCGGUUAGCCAAGCUGAGAAAGAUGCCAGUGCUAACAAAUCUCAGAGAGUUUCUGAGGCUAUUGGGUUGCUUGAGAAAGGGAGGGAAUUGCAGGCUCAAGGUGACUUCAGUGCAGCUCUUCCCUACUUCACUCUGGUGGUUGAAAACUACAAGGACUUUGCUUUCUCGGAAUAUGCAAGAGUUGGCAGAGCACUGGCCCUUUAUGAGGUUGGAGACAAACAAGAAGCAAUUGCUGAGAUGGAAGAUGUUUCCAUAUCUUUGAAGGGUUAUCCUGAAGUACAUGCAGCCCUUGCAGCAGCCUUAUAUGUGGACAAGCAUGCACCCCUGCUAGCUGAAAAUCAGUUUACAAUUGCAACUCUGCUUGAUCCUCACUACACAGACAUUUCAUAUGUAAAAGAGACUAAACAUUGGCCUCCAAGUUUGGUCAGUUCCUUGAAACGCUUCAUCACUCUUUCCUAGAAAUGGGAAAUAUUUAUGCAAAGUUCAGAAAGCGUCAAUAGUACGGCCAUCCUUCAUUGUUUGGUCAAUAGUUGCACAUGAUGAAGCACAUAGGAACUGAAAAUUUGUGUUGACAAGAAACAUUUUUACAAUAUUCUAAUACCGUUUUAUACACUAAUUUUUCACCUUUUUAGUUUCUGUAUUCGGGUGCUCAUACCAAGAUUACUGUGGUAUAGUCUUGUCUGUCUAUAAUCCUAGACCAUAUAACUGUAAAGUGUUUUGGUAAAGCAGUUUAAACAUAAUGUUCAAGCUCAAGAUACAUACCAAUCUGUUGUUUGACAA